AUCCAAGCAUCUCUCGCUUCCCUCCCCAGUACUUCUACUGGAUCUUCAUUCCCUCCGACGUCGGCUCUCUCGUCCUCCAAGCCGUCGGUGGUGCCCUCUCAUGUGUCGCUUCAACCCACGAAGAUGUCAAGACCGGCGAGGACAUUUCGCUGGCCGGCCUGAUCUUCCAAGUCGUCACCCUUAUCUGCUUCUGUGCCUUGUUCAUCGACUACGUUGUCAAGGCUUCCAAGUCAUCCUCGCGAAGCCGCCUCGACAAGCCAAUGAUGACAUUCCUUGCAUUCCUCUUUCUUUCAACAAUCUUCAUCCUCAUCCGAUGUGCUUACCGUAUCGCUGAGCUCGGCCAGGGGUACUUUAGUGCUCUCUUCCGAGACGAGGGCCUCUAUAUUGGCCUUGAAUCCUGUAUGAUGUGCAUUGCUGUUCUUCUUCUGAACGCUGGUCAUCCUGGAUACGCUUUCCGCAAGAGCCAGGAAGAGGCGACAGAGGAGAAGCAGGCCCAAGAUCAAGACUUGGCCUAAUGGUGCAUGUUUGAAUCAGUCAGAAGCUCAAUGAUUGUGCUUGACAAUUGGUUUCUUGUAUGGUAUGAUGGCCAUGGUCAUUGUUUGAGAGUUGGUCUUUAUUUCUUUUGUUCGAAGCGAUAGAUAAGAUACCUGAAAGGCGUUCAAUGGUUGUUAUUUCCUGAGAAAGUCAUAUAGUUUAUUGAAACAAUACCUGUUAUA